UUUUCGUAGAAGUAGGCAGGUAGAAGUUUGGUUUUCAUAUAGCGAUUUAUUAUUGUUCUCCAACACUUACCCUGUUCAGAAGACGUGGGAAGGUACUACUUAAACUGUUGAAGAUUGGUAACCUUCAAGCGAACACCUACUCCAACAUUUGCCCUGUUCAGAACUAUUUCAUCAAAAAUGAAAUCUCAUCGUUCUGCGUUAUCGUUAGCGAUGGUGGUCGUGGUCGUCAUUGGAUGGGCGGAAUGCGAUCAGGUUGGAUUUAUCAACGAAGCGGAAGCAACCAUAAAUGAAGUAACAAAAGUCUUACAUAUUGAAGACUGUAUCAACGCUGCCAAAGCAAAGGCCAAUAGUUUAGGACAUACGUCUGGAGAAAUGCAUUAUGCAGUUACAUGGAUUAGCAUGUAUUCGAGAAUAUGCCUUAUCAACGAGACGCUUUUGUCACAGGACAAAAACAUCAAUAGUUUUCCUUUUCGUUUGAAUAAAGAACUACGAUGCGCAUUUCAUCAAGAAAGAGACUCUAAGAUAAAGAAGACAUUUAAAAGAGCGGCACAAGUUAUAUCAGCCUCCUUGAGUAUAAUUGGUUUUAAAAAAGUUAACAUACUAUUUCGUGGAGUGACCACCUUUGAAUACAGACACCUUGCAUAUUUUACUGAAUACGGAUUCUUUAGUGCUAGCAUCAGCCCUAGUGUUGCUCUUAGAUUUGCCAACGGCAGUACAUUGCUCAUUAUAAGAGCUAUGAAUGGUGUACCUAUUGCCAAAUUUGUUCAAGAAAUGUUUAAUUACCAGAAGGAAGUACUAGCACCUCCUGAAUAUACCUUUUCGAUCGGUAACAUUACGACGGACAAAGUAGCGAUUUCCUACGUGUUGAAGCCGUAUACUUUAUGGAAAGAUGUUAAACUUCCUACUGAGAUCAUAUACCUGACCUACAUUCCUGGAGCGAUGAAACAAGCCAGGCCUGAUUUCAUGACAAACUAUUGUUCGGCCGGAAUCACUAGCCAAACCAAUCGUGGUGAAAAGCCCAGCUUUGCUUCUACGACGAUUAUGCAAAUUACUACAAUCUUUUAUUUUACUGUUAGUCAAAUGGUGAUGCGUUAGACAAAAGCAUCGAUUAAAGCCAUUGUCCACUUUUACACGUUUUCGUAUUGUACUGUUUAAUUUGAACUGCUUUUGUUCUAUGUCUAGGUUUUGAAUGGUUUUAAGUCAUGGCCAAGGUUGCAGUUUUUCUACGACGUCGACGCCGCGGACGAUGAGACCAAAACAAUGACAAAACGUCGACAAUUUUCUUCAAAACACAAAUAUGCUUAUGAUCAGCUAUACGCACCAUGUUUAAUUAGAAGUUAUAGAAUGUUAGUUUCUUAUGAAUAGUUAGAUUAAUACUGUUUAUUUCCCAUAGUUGUUUUCUACAUUUGGACGUACUUUGUUUGUUUUGUUUUUUGAUUAAAAUGUACAAGAUAAAAUAACUAUAAUUUAGAAAUCUGUUUACAUUUAAGUACAACUUAAACAGUAUUCGUUAACAUAACACUUCUUAAACUCGAUCAUGAAGACAGCUAAAUGCUCAUGUUAAUGACUGUUGAAACCUUUAGUGGACGGAAACCAUAUAACGUAUUCACUAACGUCUUGAUUCUGAGUUUCAGACAAAGGCUCAGAAAAUGAAUUUUGGGGUUUCAAAUGUUUAUACUAGAAGUAGUUUUGAUAAAAUGUGUGUGCCUGAUAGUAGGACAGAUUCUUUGUAGCACAUGCAUAAUUUACCAGCUUUGCUCCCAUAAACGCAUUUAAAAAAAAAAAAUCUAGCCUUUCUGAGUCUGAGUCAACAUUAGUUAAUACGGGCUCAGUAAUUUGUCCUUUUUAUAGGCCCACAGAAAGUUUUAAAGUAGAGAGAUAAUUGGUAUCACUAAAUCUAUGUUUUAACAAUUAGUCAAAUUAGUCAAGAAUAAAGUAUUGAAAUCAGUUGAUUGAAACAUAUAAAUGUAUACUUGGUGUACGACAAGGGUAUUGUUUAUCGCCUGUCUUGUUCUAAAUAAUGCUAGAAGUCUGGGGUUUAGUUUAAGCCAAUGCCAUAUAACGGGUGCAUAUAAAAUACUGGAAAUGAUUGUUUAGUGAUAAUAGCAGAACAAAGAAUGAAUUCAUUUAUUGCAAGCAUAGAUGUUUAAAUCACCAGACAAGUACAUAGCAAAAUAUUGAGAAGUUUGAGUUAAGGUAUUAAGUAUAUUUGAAGUCUAAUGAGAAAAUGAUCUUUCUUUAUUGAUUGAAUGAAUGUGAAAGGUUCCAUAAGAAAAGAAUUGGUGUUCGUUAUUGCGAUAAUUGUUCAGUUCAUUCGGUUUUAAUGUUGUAUGGCUUUCCAAGAUGUUGGAAAUUGUAAAUUAUUACAUGCUUAAGCUAAGCAAAGACUAAAUGAUAAUUUUAUCAAAAGCUGGAAUGAAAGCUUAGAAGACCCUAGUAGAGCAUUGCUAUAUAACAAACAACUUGUUUAGACUUCAUUUUGAAGAGCACUUGCCUUCUAGUUUUUGAAGAUGAAUACCCGAAACAAAAUAUAGGGUUCAAUAUAGCAUCCUGGCAUAACUAAGCUUUCAGUCCUUUGAUUUUUAUGAAGAUUUUACUAAUUCAUGUUAUCUUUAAAACCGUAUUUGGCGAACACGUUUUUGGUUGACUCUGUGUGUUUUGGCAAGUGAUUUCAUUUUCUUCAAAUAUUUUACAUUUUCAAAUCAUUUGGAAGGAUAGAUUAGCUAAUACAUGUCGCUUUUAUUUUUAAUAAUGUUUUCCUUAUUUGUUCCCAGUUUUAGUACAAUGAUGCUUUUUAUUAUGAAACUCGCACAGUUUUAAACCUUUUAUUUUAUAAGGCAGACUGUGUUUAUAGUUUCAAACAAUGACUGCAUAGUAUCUUUGAAAAGUCUUUGCAUUAAGUGCUCUGAAUUGUAUCCGUCUGCAGAUAGAGUUGGAAUCUGUAAUCAUAGAAGUACUUGGGGUUUACCUAUACGUUUAUUAUCAUUUGUAUUAUUGAUAAGUUUCCUCAAGUUAAUGCAUACUUUGAUAAGAUUUACCUUUUGCGUUUUAUUUUUAUUAAGGAUUGUUGGGAUAAGAGUGAGGUUUGUGCACAUAAACUGGUUUAAACCCAGUAAAUAUACAUUUUACUGACCGUUCCAAUGCGGUACCUAACAAUUCUUGAUAAAUAUACCUAUUUUUUAUAUAUAUAUAUAGUAUGUAUGCACUGUGCUAAUUGUAGAGUUAUGUGCUGUUCUUCUAUGUUUCUUGUUUGUGAUUUUAUGUUCUGUCUUUAGCGUUUACCCAGGUCCACUAAACCGGGUUUAUGUUCAAACUUUUUGCUACUGAGCUUGUUUCUGUAGCUUUUUGCAUAAAUAUUCAAUCUUAUUUAAUCUCUUGCAAUAUUAAAAAGCUUUCGAGUAUGUGUAAUCUGGUUUCGUGUCUCUAUUUAUAGACUUAUGAUUGACAGUAGAAGAAGGGUGCAGCCCAAUCUUACCUUUUGAUAAGAAGAAAUGUUAUGCAUGUCAAGUUCAGAGUUUCAUUUUGUUCUAGAAUGUAGUAUUGCAAAAGUCAAUUCAAUUAUUUAGAUCUGAUAAGGAGGAUCUGUUUAGAAAACUGAUUGAAAAUGUCUACAAUGCAUUUACGAGCGUUCAGAUGACAUGCACGAGUCUUGAUAAUUGCAUGUCUAUUCAGCUUUAUGUGUCUAUUCGUAUCCAUUCCAGUAAUGCAUUUAAUAUUGUCAUUUUAGCUACUUACAAAUAUAACUUGAUUAACACACAUAUAUGAGAGACUAAAUAAUUAUUGUUACAUAAGCGAAUAUUCAACUUUAAGUAUAUAUUAAGACUUAUAUGUUAGUGAUAGUUUCUUGUAGCUAUGUAUGUGUUUUUGUAGCUAUGGUGUAACGUAAUAUCCAUAUAAUAAACUAGAGCUAUCUAUGGAUGUGAUUAAUAUCCCCACAACAACAAAUUCUUUUAUUAAAAAGUAUCACUGGGAGUGGUGUUUGCUCCUAAAAUGUCAGUGAGAAGGCAUCACAUAAGUAAAUGACCCAACUAUAUAGAUAUAAGGGCUAUAGCAUAUGCGAAAUAAUGCAUUUGUUUUUUUAGUUAUUAAAAGCAAACAACACUUUUUUAAUGAGUUGACCAAACACAAAAUAAUGUGUGUUUUUUUUACAAUUCAACGCAAACCCUCAACAAUAUACAAAGUAAAGGUAAACUAGUAUCACAAGAUCACCCACGGACUGCAAUAUCCUCCGCUGAAUUAAGAACAGUAUCAACUUCGCCUUACGACAAAGGACUAAAAUUAAUCAUUGGACAAGCAUAAAAAAUACUGCGCCCAGAGUUAUGGUUCUUGUGCUCUGCAUUUCUCUUCAAUGAAAUAUAUUUGUUUAUGAUGUUUAAAGUAAAUAACAGAAAUACUUUCCAAGCUAUGUUUCGGAUAUAAUUGACGGAGGAAACAACAAAAAAUAAGUAUAAAAAUAAUUAAAGGGAAAUUACUCUUUCAUGCACAAAACAAUGGUUUUUGCACAGCACUUUUCCUUAUUACAGUCAAUGUGUAUGAAGUUUGAUGUCAAUACUUGAAAAACAUCUGGAGUAAUGGAGAAAGUCGGACUUGUCCCGAUGUCCUGGACGGACGGACGGACGGGCGGACGGACAUUCGGAUGGACGAAUGUGACAAGGUAAUUCCCAUAUAGCACCCACCACCAGGGGUCCCAGAUAACCCCCACCACUAUCUCAAAAAAGAGACAGCACAAACGUUUAUUUCUAUGAGUAUUAUACACUUACAGUGUCAAGUUUGAAACAAACAUUUCUUUUAAUAAUUAGAUAAAAACUAUUAAUAUUGACCUAAUGUACGGGGUUGCUGUAUAUGGUAUUUAUUCGAUAUUAAGGCUUAUUUUUGGUUAAUUGUUAUUAUUAUGUAAUGUAUAUGUGUUGACAACACUUGAAAACACAGCAUUGAAUGUUUAAUUCUCCACAUGGGCAAUAUACU